AAUUAUAUACACACAGUCCACAGGAUCUCCUCAAGGGAAUUAGUUCAUCGUUUGCUCCGAUCCAUCCGAUCGGCAUUUGAUUAUGUUCAAACUCCGGCUGCUUUCUCCAUUGCAACUUUUGCAGGGACCCCACAGACAUGUUGGCUAUUAGCUGAAGGAGACCCGCAAUUUGGCUCAGUCUUUGAGCCAAAAAUCUAAAGCGUCGGUGGGGCGAAGUUACUGAAACCAAUCUCCUGUCUUUUUACCACAGCUCCGUCCAGAAACCAGAACCCUGGAUGAGUAUUUUGAUGAUUUUUUUCACUGAUGAAGUGAGCUAGUAAUGCAGGAGACACCAGCUCUGACAGUCGGAAAGGCUCAAGAUGGCAGAUUUUUAUUCAGAUUUGAGCUGAAAUCUCCUCUUAUUUUUUGCCAUGAAUAACAGGAAUCCUUGCACCGAUGGCCCCUAUGUACGAAGGUAUGGCCUCGCAAGUGCAAGUAUUUUCCCCUCACACACUUCAGUCAAGUGCCUUCUUUAGUGUAAAAAAACUAAAGGUGGAGCCAAGUUCUAACUGGGAUAUGACAGGGUACGGUACUCACAACAAAGUCUACAGCCAGAGCAGCAAGAACGUGCAAGCCCCUCAGGUGGCCGUGAACACCACCCUUCAAGUAGCUAAUUCCACCCUUCCCUACGAGCAAGCUGUCAUCUUCCCAGCCAGUACUGGGCACAUCGUAGUCACCUCAGCCAGCAGCACUUCUGGAGGAGCGGGGCAGUUGCUUAGUACUGCUGGUCACAAUCUGACUCGGCGCAGUACAGUGAGUCUGCUGGAUACCUACCAGAAAUGUGGUCUUAAACGCAAGAGUGAGGAGAUUGAUAACAACAGCAGUGUGCAGAUUAUCGAAGAGCAUCCUCCAAUGAUCCAGAACACAGCUAGUGGGGCCACUGUUGCUACGGCAACUACUUCCACAGCCACCUCCAAAAACAGUGGCUCUAAUAGUGAAGGAGACUACCAGCUGGUCCAGCAUGAAGUGCUCUGUUCCAUGACCAAUACAUAUGAAGUGCUUGAGUUCCUGGGCCGAGGCACCUUUGGCCAAGUGGUGAAAUGUUGGAAAAGAGGCACCAACGAAAUUGUGGCCAUCAAGAUUUUAAAGAACCAUCCAUCAUAUGCCCGACAGGGGCAAAUUGAAGUGAGUAUUCUGGCCAGGCUAAGCACUGAAAGUGCAGAUGACUACAACUUUGUCCGAGCUUAUGAGUGCUUCCAGCACAAGAACCACACCUGCCUUGUCUUCGAGAUGUUGGAGCAGAACCUGUAUGACUUCCUUAAGCAAAACAAAUUCAGCCCUCUGCCCCUCAAGUACAUCCGGCCCAUCUUGCAACAAGUUGCCACUGCCCUCAUGAAACUCAAAAGUCUAGGACUCAUCCAUGCAGACCUUAAACCUGAAAACAUCAUGCUGGUGGAUCCUGCCAGGCAGCCAUACAGAGUGAAAGUGAUCGAUUUUGGUUCAGCUAGCCAUGUUUCCAAAGCUGUGUGCUCCACCUACCUGCAGUCCAGAUACUACCGAGCUCCAGAAAUCAUCCUUGGUUUACCCUUCUGCGAAGCAAUUGAUAUGUGGUCGCUGGGAUGUGUGAUUGCAGAGUUGUUCUUAGGAUGGCCACUGUACCCUGGGGCAUCGGAAUAUGAUCAAAUUCGGUACAUUUCACAAACACAAGGGUUGCCAGCAGAAUACUUGUUAAGUGCAGGAACGAAAACAACAAGGUUUUUUAACAGAGACCCGGACUCUGCCUAUCCACUGUGGAGGUUAAAGACCCCAGAAGAUCAUGAAGGAGAAACAGGAAUCAAGUCGAAAGAAGCGAGAAAGUAUAUUUUUAACUGUUUGGAUGACAUGGCACAGGUGAACAUGACAACAGAUUUGGAGGGCAGCGAUAUGUUGGCAGAAAAGGCAGACAGGCGGGAGUUUAUAGACCUGUUAAAGAAAAUGUUAACUAUAGAUGCAGACAAGAGGAUAACACCCAUUGAAACUCUGAAUCAUCCAUUUGUCACCAUGACUCAUCUCCUUGAUAUCCCUCAUAGUACUCAUGUCAAAUCUUGCUUCCAGAAUAUGGAGAUUUGCAAGCGAAGAGUGAAUAUGUAUGACACAGUUAACCAGAGUAAAACUCCAUUUAUUACACACGUGGCCCCCAGCACUUCCACAAACCUGACAAUGACUUUCAAUAACCAGCUUAACACUGUGCACAAUCAGCCUUCUGCAGCAUCAAUGGCAGCCAUGGCCCAGAGGAGCAUGCCGUUACAGACAGGAGCAGCGCAACUGUGUGCUGCCCGGCCAGAUCCGUUUCAACAGGCCCUCAUUGUGUGUCCACCUGGAUUUCAAGGGCUGCAGGCCUCACCAGCAAAGCAUGCUGGAUACUCUGUGCGAAUGGAAAAUGCAGUUCCUAUAGUAACACAGGCUCCUGGUGCCCAGUCCUUGCAGAUUCAACCAGGACUUCUCACACAGCAGACCUGGCCCAGUGGGACACAACAGAUUUUGCUUCCUCCGGCCUGGCAACAACUGACAGGAGUGGCAGCUCACACGUCUGUGCAACAUGCGGCGGUCAUCUCUGAGAGCAUGGCUGGGACCCAGCAACUGGCUGACUGGAGAAAUUCCCAUGCACACAACAGCCACUAUAACCCUAUCAUGCAGCAGCCCACGUUGUUAGCAGGUCAUGUGACGCUGCCUUCCUCUCAGCCUUUGAAUGUGGGCGUGGCCCAUGUGAUGAGGCAGCAGCCAGCUAGCAGCACCUCUUCCAAAAAGAACAAGCAGCACCAUAUGUCUGCCAGAAACAUGUCUGCCUAUGAAGUGUCCUCUUCUCAGGCAGUAAGCUCCCCACAGAGAUCAAAGCGUGUAAAGGAGAACACACCACCUCGCUGUACUGUGGUUCAGAGCAGUACCUCUACUUGCACCACAUCUCUGGCGUGCACCUGGGGGGAGGCCACUUCCAGCACCACACGAGAGUCCCACCAGCGGCAAACAAUCGUCAUACCAGACACCCCUAGUCCAGCUGUCAGCGUCAUAACCAUCAGCAGUGAUACGGACGAGGAAGAGGAGCAGAAGCAGACCCUCACCAGCAAAACAUCAAAGCAGAGGAAGAACGUUAUUAGCUGUGUCACGGUCCAUGACUCCCCAGACUCUGAUUCCUCAAGUAAUAAUAGUCCCUAUGCUGUUGAGCACCGUUUGGGCCUUACUAAUGGAAAUACAUAUGACUCAAAGGCAACACUUGAUACUCACUGCAAUGGCAACCCUCGCACAAUUAUUAUACCACCUCUUAAAACGCAGUCUAGUGAAGCUUUAACAGAGUGUGACAGGCUAGUAUCAGACACAGUCAGUCACCACUCAUCCAUGUACAAAUCCAAAAACUCCAACCCAGUUGUCUCAGCCAGCAAUCACUCAUCUGGUAACUCCACUGGAGUUGUAUCCUACAGGCAGCAGAGGUCGGGGACUCAUUCCUUUCAACAGCAGCCACUUAAUCUUAGCCAGGCCCAGCAACAUGUUGCAACGGACAGAAAUGGAGGCCACCGCAGACAGCAGGCUUACAUCACCCCAACAAUAGCACAGGCACCUUACUCUUUCCCUCAUAGCAGCCCAUCGCACUCAGCUGUUCAUCCUCAUUUGGCAACUGCUCAUUUGUCCGGGCAGCCACACUUGUACACCUACACUGCACCAACUGCACUGGGAUCUACUGGGACUGUUGCCCACCUGGUGGCUUCACAAGGUUCAGCCCGCCAUGCAGUGCAGCAUACUGCCUACCCCACUGGAAUCGUCCACCAGGUCCCCGUUAGCAUGAGUCAUCGUGUUCUUCCCUCACCUACCAUACACCACAGCCAGUACCAGGCGCAAUUCACCCACCAAACAUACAUUAGCGCCUCACCAGCUUCCACGGUCUACACUGGAUACCCACUGAGUCCCACCAAGGUGAACCAGUACCCUUACCUCUAAAAACACUGGAGCAAGACUAAACGCUGCUUUUGGACAAAGUAAAGAAAGAAGAGAGAACUUUUUUUACUAAAGAAAUAAAUUAACAUGCAAGGCAUCGGAAAACUGAUACUUUAAACUUGAAGAUAAACAAUAUUCCCUCAUGGCAAGAGUGAUGGGAAAAGAAAUUAACAAUUUUCUUUUUAAAGAAAAAAUAAAAUUAAAGGGCCAGUGCUCAUUGAGAUGGUUAUAACCCUUGAUGGGGAAUUUUACACUUUUAAAAAGGUUGCCCUAGCCUGCACCAAACGUUCUUUAAAAGGUAGCAUCUUUCUUUCUUUCUUUCUUUCUUUCUUUCUUUCUUUCCUUCUUUCUUAGAGAACCUCUAAAGUAAUGCCCGUUUAUUUGUCAAAAGUAUUGAAAUUGCUCCACAGUUAAAAACAAUAGUUUUUGUGGGAAGCAAAAAAUGUUAUGCGUGUAUAAAUUCUAAAUAACUAAGGAAUCCUGCUCUCUUCAAGAAAUAGAUGGAUUUUCAAAAGCUUCCAUAUUAUUACCAAUAUACUAUAUACAUACAGACAAACAUGUAUACUAUAUAUAUA